GAAGCCCUAAGUAACAUGGAUGAUUAUGACAAAACGUGCUUAGAAUCGGCACUGGUUGGGGUUUGUAAUGUUGUGCAACAGGAAUGGGGUGCUGCGAUUCCCUGCCAGGUUGUUCUAGUAACUGACGGCUGUUUAGGGAUUGGCAGAGGCUCUCUGCGGCACUCCUUAGCUACGUGCAACCAACGAAAUGAAAGCAGCCGAUUUCCACUGCCUUUUCCCUUCCCAUCCAAGUUAUACAUCAUGUGCAUGGCUAAUCUAGAAGAGCUCCAGAGCUCAGAUUCUUUAGAUUGUCUGGAAAGACUUGUAGAUUUAAAUAACGGGGAAGGACAGAUUUUUACCAUCGAUGGACCCCUUUGCUUGAAGAAUGUACAGUCCAUGUUUGGAAAACUAAUAGACCUGGCUUAUACACCAUUCCAUGCUGUUCUCAAAUGUGGUCACUUAACAUCUGAUGUGCAAGUAUUUCCCAGACCAGAACCUUUCAUUAUAGAUGAGGAAAUAGAUCCCAUCCCUAAAGCAAUUAAUACAGAUCUAGAAAUAGUUGGUUUUAUAGAUAUAGCUGAUAUUUCUAGCCCUCCUGUAUUAUCUAGACACUUGGUACUGCCCAUUGCACUCAACAAAGAAGGUGAUGAGGUGGGACCGGGGAUCACUGAUGACACUGAGGAUGAGAAUUCAGCUAAUCAAAUUGCUGGCAAAAUACCCAACUUCUGUGUACUGCUGCAUGGGAGCCUGAAAGUGGAAGGCAUGGUGGCCAUUGUUCAGCUAGGGCCUGAAUGGCAUGGAAUGCUGUACUCCCAAGCUGAUAGUAAGAAGAAAUCAAACCUCAUGAUGUCUCUCUUUGAACCUGGUCCUGAGCCCCUGCCUUGGCUAGGGAAAAUGGCACAACUUGGGCCUAUUUCAGAUGCUAAAGAAAAUCCUUAUGGCGAAGAUGACAAUAAAAGCCCUUUCCCCUUACAGCCCAAAAACAAGCGCAGUUAUGCGCAGAAUGUCACUGUGUGGAUCAAACCAAGCGGCCUCCAGACAGAUGUACAGAAGAUCUUGAGAAAUGCAAGAAAACUCCCUGAAAAAACUCAAACAUUCUACAAAGAACUCAACCGUUUACGCAAGGCAGCCUUGGCUUUUGGAUUUUUGGACCUUUUGAAAGGAGUGGCAGAUAUGCUGGAAAGGGAGUGUACGUUGCUGCCUGAUACAGCUCAUCCCGAUGCAGCAUUUCAGCUCACUCAUGCUGCUCAGCAACUCAAAGCAGCAAGUAAUGGGACCUCUGAAUAUGCCGCCUAUGACCAUAACAUCACUCCACUGCAGACAGACUUCUCCAGUAGCAGCACUGAAAGAAUAUGAGAUGCACUUUUUAGAACCUUCUCUACAUUACUUUUAAGUCUCAAGUGGUCCAAAUUUUCCUGUCAUAUUUGUUUCCUAGGACUGACUCAGAUAUCGUUUGAAGAACUUUAUCAAUGCAAACCGGUGCUCUAAAACAAUCUAGUUUCUUAAUCUGGGAUUAAUUCGUAUACCUCUUAGUGGAUUUAGUUUUACCUGGAAAUUGUAUUUUUAAAUGCCUCAUGAAAGUCUCACAACAAGAAUGGAGGUUAUAUAGUAUGAUUAUUAAGGUGUGUGAGAGGAGAGAUGAGGAAAAUGCUGUCAUAUGCAAUGGACUGGUGCCAGUGGCGUAGAACUGUCCCUCUCCCCUCC